UCUCAGUACAACACUAUUUCCCUGGUGUUAUCUCGAAUUUGACAUUGACAGACAGCAAAGUGUAAAAACAAAGUCAAAACAAAAUAAACCGCGGGAGACGAUAGAAUUUCUUGAUUCCCAGGUUUUGUGUGAAAUAAUUAUAUUUUUCAUUGUUUUGGCAAAUAAUGUUGUUGUUAGUUAAUGGCGAUAACUGUUAAAGGGUCUUCUUCUUUUCACAAGACCUUUUCGAGAGCUGGAGAUAUGAGUAAAAAUUGAUUCAGAAAUGAGCUUUGUCAAAAAUAAUUCAUACUGUGAUAUGCCUUUUGAUGCUAACACACCGUAUGCCGAUUUUUAUAUAUACUCAGAUUUAAAAGAUGUAGCUGAUAGAUGUACCAUUUACAAUGAUGAAAUAAUGAAAUGCAGGACUAUUGGGAUACUACAAAGUGUUCAUGGUCGAUUCUUUUUAUCUGAUUUAAGUGGUGGCAAGCCUAUAGUCCAGUUGUCAGUAGUGUAUUUGAACUCGCUGGUGCAGUCCACGGUGAUACCAUACCCUGUGCAAGUGUUUGGCACACUGCAGUGGAAGAAGAGACCUGUCAUAUUUGCCAAGAUACUGCAGGUGUUGAGUGUACCAUCAGCCAUAAGACUCAGGAAUGCCCUGAGUGGUAUUGCUAAUACACACCUAGCUAGAAAUGUUCCCAAACAAGAAUAUGAAGAAGACCCAUCAUGAUCCUAAAUGAAAUUGGUAUGUUAUAAAUGAUGGCAGAUUUAAACAAGAAUGUUUAAUCUUGUACCUUUUACCCUGUGAUAUGAAAUUUUUGCUAUUAAGUUUAAAAUUGUGAAAUGUUUAUAAAAUAAAUAACAUAUUAAAAGAA